GUUGUAGUCACUGUUGAAAACAAGUCAACAGGAAGUGUCUAGGAAGCAUGGACCCAAACAUUUUCGUGUCUACAGCCACUGAAAGUGUAUUUAAAUUUGGGGAAAAUCUGGUUACCCGUCAUUUGGGUUACUUUUAUAAUUAUAAUGGCAAAUUUGAAGAGGUGAAACAUCGUGUUGAGAUGCUUGAUGAUACUAGAAAAAGGGUGCAAAAUGAUGUUAUGGUUGCAGAAAUGAAUGCAGAAGAAAUUGAAGAAGAUGUUAAACAUUGGUUGAAACAUGUGGAUGAGAAGAUCAAAGAAUACGAAAAUUUCCUGUGCGAUAAACGCCAUGAGAAGACAAGCUGCUCCAUUGGUUUCUUUCCUAAUAACUUGCAAUUGAGGUAUAGGCUAGGAAGAAAAGCUACGAAGAUUGUAGAGGAAGUCAUUGCAGAUGAACUUUUGAAUAAAAAGUUUGAUAAAGUAUCGUAUCAUAUAGGCCCAUCCAUGGAUGCUGCUUUGUCAAACACUGGCUAUGAAAGUUUCACAUCGAGAAAGAAAAUUAUGGGAAUGAUUAUGCAAGCACUUGAAGACUCUACAAUUAGUAUGAUUGGAGUUUACGGUGUUGGAGGUGUGGGAAAGACCACUUUAGUCAAAGAAGUUGCUAAGCAAGCUAAAGAAAGGAAGUUGUUCAACAAGGUGGUUAUGGCAAAUAUAACAAGAAACCCUGACAUAAAGAAAGUUCAAGGACAAAUUGCUGAGAUGUUAGGAAUGAGAUUGGAAGAGGAAAGUGAGAUUGUAAGAGCAGAUCGUAUUCGAAAAAGAUUAAAGAAAGAAAAGGAGAAUACCCUUAUAAUCCUAGAUGAUCUCUGGAAUGGAUUGGACUUGAACAGACUGGGGAUUCAACGUAAUGAAGUUGAUGAUGUCAGUCAAAAGGUUGCAAAGGAUGUUGCAGAUUUUGGUUAUAAAAGGGUGGAGACAGAAAAGUUAUCUGCUGAUUCCAAUAAGAUGAAGAAAGAAAAAUUAUCUAGUGACUACAAUAAGAUUAAAAAAGAAAACUUAUCUGUUGAUCACAAAGGAUUCAAAAUUUUCUUAACAUCUAGAAAUAAAGAAGUAUUAUGCAAUCAAAUGGAUGUCCAAGAAAGAUCAACUUUCCCAUUAGGAGUCCUUGACCAAAAGGAGGGAGAGGCUUUACUUAAGAAAAUGGCUGAAAUAAGUGUUACCAAUUCUGCAUUUGAUGACAAAGUUACUGAGAUAUCCAAAAUGUGUGCUGGGUUGCCCAUAGCAUUGAUUUCCAUUGGAAAAACAUUAAAGAAUAAGAGCCCUUAUGUGUGGGAGGAUGUUUGUCGACAAAUUGAAAGACAAAAUUUUACUGGAGGUCAGGAACCUAUUGAAUUCUCUGCAAAGUUAAGUUAUGAUCAUUUAAAAACUGAGGAGCUUAAGCAUAUUUUCUUACAAUGUGCUAGAAUGGGAAGUGAUUUCUCGAUUAUGGACCUAGUCAAGUUCUGUAUUGGUUUUGAUAUGCUUCAAGGUGUUUACACAAUAAGAGAAACAAAAUCUAGAGUAAAUGUGUUGAUGGAAGAGCUAACUGAGUCAAGUUUGCUGGUAAAAAGUUAUUCUAAUGACUGUUUCAACAUGCAUGACAUUGUGCGUGACGUUGCUCUUUCAAUUUCAUCUAAAGAGAAACAUGUAUUUUUCAUGAAAAAUGGCAAACUAAAUGAGUGGCCUCAUAAGGAUAAGUUAGAAAGGUACACAACUAUUGUUUUACAUUAUUGUGAUAUUGUUGAGCUUCCAGAGAGUAAAUACUGUUCUAGACUUGAAGUCUUCCAUAUUGACAGUAAAGAUGAUUUUUUGAAAAUACCAGAUGACCUUUUUAAGUAUAUGAUUGAACUCAAAGUAUUGAUAUUGACUGGUGUUAAUUUGUCAUGCUUACCUUCUUCCAUUACAUACCUAACAAACCUAAAGAUGCUUUGUUUGGAGAGAUGCACUCUAAGAAAUAACUUAGCAAUCAUAGGAGAGUUAAGGAAAUUAAGAAUUCUUUCCCUUUCAGGAUCUAAUAUUGAAUGUUUGCCUGUUGAAUUGAGGCAAUUGGAUAAGUUGCAACUUUUGGACUUAAGCAAUUGCUCGCAACUAAGAGCGAUACCUUCCAAUAUGAUAUUAGGAAUGAACAGUUUGGAAGAGUUUUAUAUGAGAGAUGACUUGAUUUUGAGGGAAACUAAUGAGGAAAUCCAAAGUAAGAAUGCUAGUCUUUCUGAAUUGAGGCACUUGAAGCAGUUAAGAAGUUUAGACAUACACAUUCCUAGUGUUGCCCAUUUUCCACAAAAUUUAUUCUUUGACAAGUUGGAUAGCUACAAGAUUAUCAUUGGAGAAAUUAACAUGCUUUCAGUGGGAGAAUUCAAAAUCCCUGACAAGUAUGAAGUAGUGAAAUUUUUGGCAUUGAACCUAAAAGAUGGUAUUAACAUUCAUUCUGAAAAAUGGAUUAAAAUGUUGUUCAAAAGAGUUGAGUAUUUGCUUCUAGGAGAACUCAAUGAUGUUCAUGAUGUUUUCUAUGAAUUAAAUGUCGAAGGAUUUCCACAUUUGAAACAUUUGUUUAUUGUAAACAAUGUUGGCCUUCUGUACAUUAUCAACUCCGUGAAGCGAUUUCACCCUUUACUUGCUUUCCCCAAAUUGGAGUCCAUGUGUCUUUACAAAUUGGAGAAUUUGGAGAAAAUAUGUGACAGUCAACUCACAGAGGCCUCCUUCUGCAGAUUAAAGAUCAUCAAGAUUAAAACAUGUGGUCAAUUGGAAAGUAUUUUCUCAUUUUUCAUGCUCAGUCGUCUCACCAUGCUUGAAACAAUUGAAGUGUGUGAUUGUGAUUCUUUAAAGGAGAUUGUUUAUUUUGAAGGAGAAUUUGAUACUGUCAGUGAUGUGCAAACUGACAAGAUCCAGUUUCCUCAAUUACGAUUUUUAACGUUGCAAUCUUUACCAGCAUUUUUUGGUUUGUAUACCAACGAUAAAAUGCCUUCCAUCUCUGAAUCAUCAGAAGACCAAAUGCAAAACAGGGAGCUUAAAGAAAUUGGCCAAGAUACAAAUGCUUGCUUUUCACUCUUCAAUGGAAAGGUUGCAAUGCCCAAAUUAGAGUUCUUGGAGUUGUCUUCAAUCAACAUCCCACAGAUAUGGAAUGAGAAAUCUUUGCAUUGCUUUCAAAGUUUGCUUACACUGAAUGUAUCAGAUUGUGGCAAUUUAAAAUAUUUAUUGUCACUUUCCAUGUCUGAAAGUUUAGUGAAUCUGCAGAGCCUUUUUGUAAGUGGAUGUGAAUUGAUGGAGGACAUAUUUUGUGCAGAAGAUGCACUGCAUAAUAUUGACAUUUUGCCUAAGUUAAAGAAAAUGGAGAUUAACUGCAUGGAAAAAUUAAGUACCCUAUGGCAGCCCUAUAUUGGUUUUCAUUCCUUCCACAGUUUGGAUUCUUUGAUAAUAAGAGAAUGCAACAAACUUGAGACAAUAUUUCCCAGUCACACAGGGGAAGGAUUUCAGAGCCUUCAGAGUGUGGUGAUUACUAAUUGUAUGUCGGUGGAAACCAUAUUUGAUUUUGGAAAUAUUUCGCAAACUUGUGGUACAAAUGUGACAAACUUGCAUAGUGUCUUUUUAAAAGGGCUGCCAAAGUUGGUGCAUAUAUGGAAGGUGGACACCGAUGAAAUUCUCAAUUUUAGUAAUCUGCAGAGCAUUGUUGUUUAUGAGAGUAAAAUUUUAAAAUAUCUCUUUCCACUCUCAGUUGCCAAAGGCCUAGAAAAACUGGAAACACUUGAUGUAUGUAAUUGCUGGGAAAUGGAAGAAGUUGUUGCUUGUGACUAUCAAUCAAAUGAAAACCUUAUCACCUUUAGGUUCCCCCAACUCAACACUCUAUCGUUACAACAUUUAUUUGAACUCAGGAGUUUCUAUCUGGGACCACAUGAUAUAGAAUGGCCAUUUUUGAAAAAAUUAUUUAUACUCUUUUGUGGCAAGUUGGAGGAAACCACAAAUUUGCAAGUGAAGUCGAUCUUUUUAGCUACAGAAAAGGUCAUACACAACUUGGAAUAUAUGUCAAUCAGCUUGACGGAAGCAGAGUGGUUACGAGACUAUAUCUAUAGUGUUCAUAGAAUGCAUAAACUACAAUCACUUGUUUUGUCUGGAUUGGAGAAUACUGAGAUACUCUUUUGGUUGCUUCAUAGACUUCCAAAUUUGGAAAGCAUUACUUUGAAAAAUUGUCUCUUUGAAGGGGUUUGGGCUUCUACAAACCUUGCUGCACAUGAAAAAGUUGGGGUUGUGGUACAACUUAAGGAGUUGAUAAUUGACAAAUUGAGGUAUUUACAGAAUAUAGGCUUUGAACAUGACCUGCUUCUUCAAAGGGUAGAGCGCUUAGUCAUUUCUGAAUGCCUAAAUUUGAAAAGUUUAUUGCCUUUAUCAGUGUCAUUCAGUUACUUGACAUAUUUGGAAGUAAGUAAUUGUUCAGGAUUGAGGAAUUUAAUAACAUCCUCAACUGCCAUGACCUUGGUUCAACUGACAAUCAUGAAGGUAAGCCUCUGUCAAGGGAUUGAGAAAAUUGUUGCAGAAGAGGAAAAAACACAAGUGAUUGAGUUUAGACAUCUGAAAGCUAUAGAAUUGGUGUCUCUACCAAGCCUCACCUGUUUCUGCAGUUCUGAGAAGUGUGACUUAAAGUUCCCCUCUCUUGAAAAUUUAGUAGUGAGUGAUUGUCUUCUAAUGGAAACAUUCUCUGAAGUCCAAAGUGCACCUAAUCUAAGAAAAAUACAUGUUCUAGUGGGUGAAAAGGACAGAUGGUAUUGGGAAGGUGAUUUAAAUAGCACUCUGCAAAAACUUUCCACUGAUAAGGUUUCUUUCAAACAUUCAAAGCAUUUAACAAUUACAGAGGAUUCUGAGUUGGAGGAAAUUUGGCACAGCAAAGCUGCUUUUCAAGAUAACUACUUUCACAGUUUAAAAACAUUGGUGGUGAUGGACAUUACAAAAGAUCAUGUGAUUCCAUCUCAUGUACUAAAGAACUUAGAAGAAUUGGAGGUAGAAAGCUGCGGGGCAGUGGAGGUAAUAUUUGAUGUAAAUGACACUGCCACGAAGAAAAAAGGAACAGUGGCUCGACUGAAAAAGCUAACUUUAACUAUGUUGCCAAAUUUGAGCCGUGUAUGGAAAAAAAAUCCUCAAGGAAUUGUUAGCUUUCCCAAUUUGCAAGAAGUCUCUGUUUUUGAUUGUGGACAGUUAGCAUCACUGUUUCCUUUAUCCCUUGCAAUAAAUCUCUUUAAGCUUCAGACACUUGAAAUACAGUGGUGUGAUAAUCUUGUAGAAAUUGUUGAAAAAGACGAUGCAAUUGAACCUGGAAAAGCUGAAAUGUUCAAGUUCCCUUGUUUGUUUUCGUUGCUUCUUUAUAAUCUGCCACUGCUUGCUUGCUUUUAUUCUGGAAAACACCGGCUGGAGUGCCACAUGUUAGAUGUCUUAGACGUGUCCUGUUGUCCUAUGUUGAAGCUAUUCACAUCAAAAUUUCAUGAUAGUUACAAAGAAGCAGUUACAGAGAGUCAGCAACCUCUGUUUUUGGUUGAAGAGGUUGUUCCCAAACUGAAAGAAUUGACAGUCAAUGAGGAAAGCAUUAUCUUGUUGAGCCAUGCACAUUUGCCACAAGACCUCUUUUGCAGAUUAAAUCUUCUUCAGCUAUGCUUUGAAGAUGAGAACAAUAAGAAAGAUACUUUUCCUUUUCAUUUCCUUCACAAGGUACCCAGUUUAGAACAUCUUCAAGUGUACGAGUGCUUUGGUCUAAUGGAGAUAUUUCCAUCUCAAACACUCCAAUAUCAUGAAAGAAUACUUAUCAGAUUGAGAAAAUUAACCCUAAAUAACCUUCCAGAGCUGGACACAAUAGGGUUAGAGCACUCAUGGAUAAAGCCAUACACUGAAAAGCUUGAAGUUUUAAAGCUAGAGGAGUGCCCUCGGUUAGAAAGAUUAGUGUUCGAUGUGGUAUCUUUCAGCAAUCUGAAACAGUUGGCUGUUGAUUCGUGUGAAGAGAUGAAGAAUUUAUUCACUUUUUCAACUGCCAAAAGUUUGGUGCAACUUGAGAUCCUAACAGUACUAAAUUGUGAAUCAAUGAAAGAAAUAGUAAAAGAUGAAGAUGAAGAGGCCUAUGAGGAGAUCAUACUUGGACGGCUCAAAACAUUAAAACUGAAUUUCUUAUCAAGGCUAGUAUGCUUUUAUUCAGGGAAUGCAAUGUUGCAAUUGCCAUGUUUGAGUACAGUGACGAUAGUUAAAUGUCCCGAAAUGAAAACAUUCUCUGAAGGAGGCUUAAAUGCCCCAAUGUUUUCUGGGAUUAAAACUUCUUUGAAGGAUUCUGAUUUCCACUUCCACAAUGAUCUCAACUCGACAGUCCAGUGGCUUCACCAACACGUUUCGGUUGAACAGUCAAAGCAUUUAACUGUAGCGGAUGAUUCUAAGCUGGAGAAAAUUUUGCACAGCAAAGCUGCGUUUCAAGAUAAUAAUUUUCACAGUUUAAAGUCAUUGGUGGUGAAGGACGUGACAAUGGAUAUCAAUCAUGUGAUUCCAUCUCAAGUACUUCCUUGCUUAAAGAGCUUGGAAGAAUUGCAGGUACAAAGCUGCAAGGCAGUGGGGAUAAUAUUUGAGGUAAAUGACAUUGACACGAAGAAAAAGGGAAUAGUGUCUCGUUUGAAAAAGCUUACUUUAGAUACCCUACCAAAUUUGAAGUGUGUAUGGAACAAAAAUCCUCAAGGAAUUGUCAGCUUUCCCAAUUUGCAAGAAGUGUCUGUCUCUGACUGUGGAGAGUUGACAGCAUUGUUCCCUUCAUCCCUUGCCAGAAAUCUUGUAAAGCUUGAGGAACUUCAGAUAGAGAACUGUGACAAGUUGGUAGAUAUUGUUGGAAAGGAUGAUGAAAUAGAGCUUGAAACAACUAAAGUGUUUAAAUUCCCUUGUUUGUUGUUUUUGAUUCUUUUUAGGUUGCCACUGCUCAGUUGCUUUUAUCCUGGAAAACACCAUCUGGAAUCCCCCUUGUUAGAAACCUUAGACGUGUCAUAUUGUCCCAAGUUAAAGUUAUUCACAUCGGAAUUUCAUGAUAGUCACAAAGAAUCGGUUAUAGAAAUUCAAGUUAGUUCUACAAAUACAAUUACCCAUCUUCAACAGCCUCUGUUCUUGAUUGAAAAGGUUGUUCCGAAACUGAAGGAAUUGAGCGUCAAUGAGGAAAACAUUAUCUUGUUGAGCCAUGCAAAUUUGCCACAAGACCUCUUUCGCAAAUUAAAUUUUCUUCUGCUAUGCCAAGAGGAUGAGGAUGAAGAACACAGGAAAGAUACUCUGCCUUUUGAUUUCCUUCGCAAGGUACCCGGUUUAGAACAUCUUAAACUGUUGGGUUACUUUGGUCUGAAGGAGAUAUUUCCCUCUAAAAAGCUCAGAGUUCAUGACAAAAUACUUUCCAGAUUGAAACAUUUAACCCUAGAUAACCUUGAAGAGUUGAAGUCUAUAGGGUUAGAGCACCCAUGGGUAAAACCACACUCUAAAAGGCUUGAAUCAUUAGAGCUUAUUGAGUGUCCGAAGGUAGUAAAAUUAGUGUCUGGUGCAGUAUCUUUCAUGAAUAUGAAAUGGUUGCAUGUGACAGACUGUAAAAGGAUGGAGUAUCUAUUCACAUUUUCCAUUGCCAAAAGCUUGGUGCAACUUCUGGACCUAUCCGUACAAAAUUGUGGAUCAAUAAAAGAAAUAGUCAAAAAAGAAAAUGAAGAUGCUUCUCGUGAGAUCAUAUUUGGAUGGGUCAAGACAUUAAAUCUGGAUUCCUUACCAUUGCUUGGAAGCUUUUAUUCAGGGAAUGCCACAUUGCAAUUUUCACGUUUAAAAAGAGUAACUAUAUCUAAAUGCCCCAGUAUGAAGACUUUCUCUCAAGGAGACAUAACUGCACCAUUUUUUUGUGGGGUUGGAAGUUCGAUUGAAGAUUUUGAUUUAACCUUCCACGGUGAUCUCAACACUACAAUCAAGAACUUGAGUCACAAACAGGUUGAGGGGGAUUCCGUCAUGGAAUCAACUGAUAGAGGAAGCAGUGAUGAUGAUAAUUACACGUCUGAAUAAAGUAUAAUAAACAAAGGUGUGACUAUUACUUCAUCUAUUGGAUGCCAACCAUAAUCUCUGCAAAGAUUAGGAAUUCUUGAACACUGUUAUUUGAGAGUGAAGAACCACUGUCAGAAGAUGCUAUUGAAAAGGUUCAGUAGGCGAGAUAAUUUUCAGAACAGAGAAAUUUAUUGGGUGUUGAUCAAAUUUAUAUUUCUUGAGAAUGAAUGUACAUAAUUUGCAACUCUAUAUUAGUUUAGCAUACAGUUAUACCUUUAUGCUUUCAUUAUUCCAUUACAUAGAAAAAGAUAUGAUUGAAUAAGUA